AAAAGAAUUCAAGGCGUUUGUCGCUGCACCCUACAAACUAGAGCCAGAUACACCAACAUGGGUAUUGAGAAGGUGGUCGUCGACGAGGUUUCCGGUUGGCUCCGGGUCUAUGAUGAUGGCUCGAUUGACCGUUCAUGGACCGGGCCCACUGAAGUCGGGUUCCUCAUGGCUCCUGUUCCUCCAUCCGGCAAUUUCAUUGAUGGGGUUGCAACCCGAGACGUUGCCAUUGAUCCCAGCUCGUCGUUAUCCGCUCGGAUUUACAUACCCGAGAAGGGACCCGAUGAUGAAACAAAACUCCCCGUCCUGCUACACUUCCACGGCGGUGGCUUUUGCAUGAGCCGAGCCAACUGGUACAUGUACCACCAGUUCUACACUAAGCUGGUCAAGUCGGCUCGAGCCAUAUGUGUGUCAGUUGAGUUUCGUCUAGCCCCCGAGCACAAGCUCCCGAUAGCCAUCGAUGAUUGCUACAAAGCCCUCCUCUGGCUCCGGUCCCUGGCUCGAGCCGAGAUGUCCGAACCAUGGCUUGAAGACAGAGCGGCGGAUUUCAGCCGUGUGUUCCUCAUAGGCGAUUCGACCGGUGGGAACCUAGUGCACCACGUGGCGGCACGUGCUGCGUCCGAGGAGUGGAGCCCGCUACGAGUGGCCGGGGGAGUGCUUAUACACCCUGGCUUUGUUCGAGCCGAGCGGAGUAAGUCGGAGCUCGAGCUGAAGCCUGACCCAUUUCUGACGCUUGAGAUGGUGGAUAAGCUUUUGGGCAUGGCGUUGCCUCCUGGAAGUACAAAGGACCACCCGAUCACGUGCCCAAUGGGCACCGCUGCUGCUCCGCUGGCUGGGCUGAAGCUGCCACCGUUCCUUGUCACAGUGGCUCAGAACGAUCUGAUGCGGGACACUGAGUUGGAGUACGUAGAAGCCAUGAAGAAUGCAGGCAAGGACGUUGAGUUGCUGCUCAACACUGGUGUUGGGCAUAGCUUUUACUUAAACAAGAUUGCUGUUGACUCGGAUCCUGGUACGGCCACACAAACUGAGUUGCUACUCGGGGCCAUCUCCGAUUUCAUGAGGAGGCAUUGUGGUUGCGCAUUGGAGCCUCAUGUGUAA